AUGAAGGUGCUGAAGAUGCUUCACGUCGCCACCGUUCUGGCCGUUGCCGGCGUCGCAGCGGCCAACGGCGGCGACGGCAAAGUCAUGGCGACCACUGACUCUCUGGAACUGACUACUAGCUCCCCCGUUGUCACAUUCUGGACUCCCUGCCCCACUGGUACCUCAAUGUGCACCUACAACCCAACGACUGCCACCCAGGCCGCUCAGGCGUCUGACCUCCACGCCCCCGUCCAGGCUAUCGAGCGUGAUGGUGGCAGCAUGACUUCGCCGGUCGUGACCUUCUGGACCCCAUGCCCUACCGGCACGUCCAUGUGCACCUACAAUCCGUCGAUGGUCACCACGCCUACUGACUCCGGUGCCGUUCAUGCUACUGCUCAUGCUGGAAUUGCUCAGCGAGAAGCUGAGACUACAACUACACCAGUCGUCACCUUCUGGACCCCGUGUCCUACGGGUACUUCGAUGUGCACUUACAAUCCCACUACCACUGACGAUUCGCAUAUCCGUACCGGCCGUGUCGUAGAGCGAGCUGCCGAAGAGACCACGACUUCACCUGUCGUCACCUUCUGGACCCCGUGCCCUACCGGCACAUCCAUGUGCACCUACAACCCCAGCACCGUCACCGGAAAACCCACAGACGCGGCCUUCCCCCGUGCUGCCGCCAGCCUGGGCUCAGAUUCAGACAGCACCUACCUGUACAACAACAGCAACAUGGGCCAGCUGUCAAAAACGGUGUACACGACGCUGGCCACGAUAACGGCGGACACCGGCUCCGCGGGCCUGACAACGUACACGGGCGAGGUGAGCGUGGUCUCCAUGGCGGCUGUCGCGCCACCCUCACAAAGCGUCGGCAUGACCGUGGCGAGCCAGGGCUCCAUGACCACCGCGGUGACGGGAAUGGCUGUCAGCAUGCCGUACGGCGCCGCGCCGAUCGCGGCGUCGUCGUCCCUCACCACCCAGAUGGCCCCAAGCGGCGCUUCGAACAGCACCGGCCUGCCGGAUCUCAAGAACGGCACCACCGUUCGCACCAGCACUGGCACCGCUGUUACCGCUACCUCAAGCACGGCUACUUCCGAGGUGGCUACGCCUUCCGCCACGGCUUCGACGGCUGGAGUGGCGCCCACCACGGCCAAGCAGGCGAUGGGUGCACUGGUGGGUUUGGCUGGGGCUCUGGCCUUUGUGCUUUAG